CACCCCAUUCAAUCACCUCGAUCGUAACAUUCCCUCGGACGCUCAAAUGCAUUUUCUCGUUAUCUCCGACCUAGCUACUUCAAUAACAACACGACCAGAGCUUUUUUCAACUUCAACGCCGCUUCCUCCUUUUCUACGAGCUCACACGCACUUGCCAACAUGGGCCGGACUCGAGAACCAGUCGUUGCGAGUAGUGCAAAGACCGAUGCCGAAUUGACGGACCGGGAGAAGAAGGAAUGGAAUCACCUGGCGGAUAUGAUGGAGAGGUAUCAUAAUCACUUCAAGCACAACUUCCAUGCCAUUUAUCAGAACGCCGACAAGUACCCUAAAGGCGGGCCUUCCCUAAGACGGUUCUUGCAAGAAUCUCAGGGACUAUACAGGAGCCUCGACAUGCAUCACCGAAUAGAAGAAGCCUACUUUUUCCCAUUACUGGCUAAACGGAUGCCCCAGUUCAAAGCGGGUGCAAGGGAGAGUGGGGAGCAUUUGAAGAGCCACAAAGCUAUCCACGAUGGUAUCGAGACGUACGCCUCCCUGCUGCUCAAAUACGCCUCGGACCCAUCGACCUAUUCUCCCGAAGAACUCCGGGGGAAUAUGGAUUCGUGGCGAGAGGUCUUGUUCAGACAUCUGGACGAAGAGGUCGAGGAUCUCGGGUGGAAACGGAUGAGGGAGGCCGGGUUUACGUUGGAGGAGAUCAGGGCGUUCCCCGAGUAGGGGGAUCGGAAGUAUCGGUGUAGGUGUUGUAGUAUUGCUUGUAUCGCAUUCCGGUGAGACCGCAUAGAUGGCACAAGUUUCGUCGAGACGUGUUCCAUGUAUGACCUGAUAUCGAGGUCCUAAUUGAGAGCGACUAAAGCACCUGCGACUGAUAUGGAGUGUGUGGAAUCACUGCAAUGCUUGCGAGUGAGUCAGCCGUCGGCAGCUUUCAGGAACGAUAUUGACCGGAUCUAGAUGUCUGUACA